AUGAAUAAUUUUCUUGAUACUGAAGAUGACUUAAAUAAUUCUUUAGAUGAAAAUACAAAAAAUCGAAUUAAAUUAAUUAAUAAAGAUUUAACUCAUAAUGAACUCAAAUAUUUAAAACUUGAUGAAUUUUCAAAAAUAAAAUAUUCAUUGCCACCUUUUGAUUUUUCAAAGAUUACAAGAUCGGAGUUAAAUAAACUUCGUUUGUUAAUGCAAAAUCAGAAGGAGUAUGUUGAGUUAAUGAGAGGACUUAUAAAACAUGGUGAAACACUUAAUAAACAUUUAUUAAAAUCGGUAGAAUGUGUUGAUAAAAUAAAACGCAAUUUAUGGAAUAAUCAGACUGAUGAUUCAUCAAGCAAUCAGGAAUUAUUUUUAGCUACUCUUAGUCAAAGAUUUAGUUGUAUGGAAAAAAUUCUUAAUGAUAUAAAAGACAAUUUAUUCAAUAGAUCAGAUAGUAUUGAGAUGAAAAAAGAGAAAUUAAAAAAUCUUGAAGAUAUGUUUGAGAUUCGAAACGAAAUUUUUAUGAAGAAAAUGUACAAAUAUAUACAAAGAAAAUAUGAAACCAACCAAUUGAAAGACAUUGAGAUGUCUCUGCAACAAAAUCGUACACUCCAUGAAUCAUCUGUCUAUGAUAUAGUAUGUGAGAAUAUGGAAAAAGAAGUUUAUACAAAACUUGAAAAAUUUGCCUUACUUGAGACAAACCUUAAAUCUAUGAUUAAUAAAAAGUUGAAUGAAAAAUAUGGAAUAAGUUUUGAAAAUUUUAAUCAUUUUGCUAAGACAAAAAUUGACUCAAUGAAUCAAGAGAUUAUUGAUAUUUUAUUUAAAUUUAAACAGUGUCUUAAGGAGUUGAUAGCUGAAAAGGAACAUAAUUUAAUAAACCUUUCUCGAAAAACUAAUAUUUUAGAAACUAAAUUAGUUGGUAUUGAUGCAGAUAUAAAUGAUAUAAAUGAAGAGAUAUUUAAUUUAAGUGAGAAAAAGAAGAUGUUAUCUGAUAUGAAAGUUAAAUUUGAAAAAUUUUUAGAUAUUGGUGUUUCUGAAGAUGAUGAAAUAAUCUCAAAAUGCAAAGGAAAUUUACUAGCUGAUUUGUCAAUUGAUACAUCUUAUAGUAUGAUUUACCUAAGUAUGAUUGAGGAUUCAAAAAGAAUUUUAUUUUAUUAA